AUGAUAGCUUGUUCAGUCAGCGCAUGUUCGGAAGGUGGUGGCGAUUCAAGCACAAACGAGAAUCAGGUGAAGACGUACAAUUGCGGGCCAUCACAGGAGGUUGUUCUGGUAGACGAAGACACUCCGACAGCGCGACCCGUCCCUGUCAAGAUUACCCUCACUCUGGUGGAUUGGGCAUCCGUGUUCGAACUGGAGAGUAUCGUCGUGGAUAAUGAAGACAGCGUUCAGGCUCUCCCCAAUGUUCCGAGUCGCUCAGUCAGAGUACUCGCCAUCGGGGACUCGAUCACGGCAGGCUACUCAGAUGGCUCACAGCCAAUCCCUCUGGGCUGCCUCAGCGCGUACGCACACAUCGCGAAGGGACAGAUCUACGCGAAAACGGGCAUCGAGAUCGAGCUCGAACUCGUAGCCUUCCCCGGUGUGACGCUCGUAGCGCCUACGCCAGAGGAAGCGGACGAGGGUGCCGGGCAGGGCAUGAUAGACCGGUUCUUCCAUACAUCUCAAUGGUCGGACGAACCUGCAGCACUAGACGAACAGCCCUCAAUCAUAGUGAUCGCCCUAGGUACGAACGACGACGCGCAAGAUGUGUCCCCCGACCAAUUCGUCUCAACCAUGCGUGCUUUCGUCGACCGCCUGUUGCAAGUGUAUCGCACAUCGGUCAAGCACAUAUGUGUCCUGCAUCCCUUCCCCGAUUUCACUGAAGACUCGGAUCCUGAAACGACAGAAAGCGCCGAACAGGUCCCUAUCACACGAGACCUGUCGUCGACUUUGGCUUCGUUGAGGUCCAAUGCCGGGCAAGGUGUCGAAUUUCACGAAUGGGACAUCGGAGGCGAUCUCAGGAGGGAGCACACCAUGGACGGACUACAUCCGACGAUUUCCGGGCAUCGUAUCCUUGGAGAUGCGCUCGCUCAGCAAUUGGCACAGCUCGUCAGCUUCGCAACGGCGUCGACAUACACUUAGGUUAGGGCCCAAAACAGCAGGAUUGCGGUACAUAUAAACGAGAUUCCGUUAAGAUUUGUCCAUCAUUAUAUCACUCUCCGUUUUCCAGUGUGGCGUACGUCUGCUGUGUCUCCACUGGAGAUGCAGUGGCUCUGUUAGGAGAAUUCGUACACUCAGUCUUUCAGCUGUGCGAGUCUGUCCCUGUGAUGGCCGUCUCCGAGGAGGACCUUCUUCUCUUACCACCAUAGAGCGUGCUUGUCACUGGCCCUGCGUGCGACUACAUCAUC